GUUUACAGUAUCGAUUGAUCAUAUCACAAGUGAAUGACAGCAGAGCCAGAGGAGAUACCUUCGCCUGAUAUUCGAGCUGAGCUUGAGGAGGCAAGUGAACACAUUAUUCCUUUACAAGCACAAGUGCUUUUGAUUGGAAAUACAUUCAUCACCAGUGAAGAUGCGAAAUGCUCGCUGCACCUCAUGCUAGCAGAAAUUUAUCAAAGAGGAAUUAUCUGGAGCAGAAGGGAAAUAAAGCUUCUACUACACCAUGGAAAUCUAUCUACAUUGCUGGCGCUUGCAGUUUUGUGCAAGUUGCCCAAGCUAGCAUUUACAUGAGCUCAAUGUGGCCAUACUUACGGAAGUUGAAUCCCAAUGCUACUGAGGAGUUUUUCGGAUAUGUAAUUGCAUUUUAUAGUUUUGGGCAACUUUUUUCUGCUCCAGUUUUUGGCUGGUGGAGCAAUCGUAUAGACCAGGUUAGAGUGCCACUUCUAGUUGGGUAUACCUCAAUGUUUGUUGGCAAUUCAUUAUACUUAUGCUUGCAAUUCUUUAAACCAAAUCAGGUCGGAUACGUAAUGAUGUGUUCAAGGCUUAUAGUUGGAAGUGGAACUGGCAACAUGGCUCUAUUUAGAGCGUACGUCUCAGCUGCGUCAUUGAAGGAACACCGAUCUCGCGCCAUAGCUUGUGUAAGUGCGGGAUUUGCCAUCGGUACACUCAUUGGACCAGCACUCCAACUACUUCUCACCCCUCUUGGCCCCGAUGGCAUACGAAUUUUGCCCUUCUUCUACUUGAGUAUGUACAAUGCUCCGGCACUUGUAUCAGCUACGCUGAAUCUUUGUGGAUUUUUGACCAUCAUGUUCUUAUUUCAAGAGAUCUAUCUUGAUAGCAAGUCUACUGCGGAAAAUGGCAGCAGCGAUGAUUCCAAGCCAAGUAUGAUUGCGGCGUCCAUAUGUGUACUGACUCGAUUCAUUCAGAUUUUUUCUACAAAUACUCUCGAAACGAUAGGGUCUGCUUUUUCAAUGCUCAUGUUUUCUUUCAACAAAGAGGAAUCAGUUACUGCCAAUGCAUCAGCUCACCUUGCUGCUGGCAUUAUUGGCGCUAUAUUGUACUUCUUGUUUAUAUUUUUCGAUCUAACGAAAUUACUUCCGUUACGAUUGUCAGCUAUACUUUCGCUUUGCGCCUUUUUUGGAUUGUAUUUCUUUACCUAUCCCUGGCCUUUUCUUCCCAACACAGUUGAGAUCUCGAAUGGAACUGACGCUGGCUGUGAUGCUGAGAGAUUGAACUGGUGUGACGAUCUGCCAGCUGUCUCCCCUUGGAUCUACUACUCUCUUUACGUAUUAGUGUUUGGAGUGGCUAUUUCUAUAAUGAACGUGUCUGUGAUAACAAUUUUCUCCAAAAUCUUUGGAUCUCGCAAACAGGGCACUCAUCAAGGAAUCUAUCAGAUGUCGGGAUCGAUAGGCAGACUGGUAGCUCCUAUUGUUAUUAGUUCACUGUACACCAACUACGGCCCCUCCGCGCCUUGGACUUUGGAAAUGUUCGCACUAUCCAGUGUUGUCUCCUUGUGGAUCGUUUUUCGGAACGAGAUGGUCACAAAGGCAAACAACCGACCAUACAAAGUGUUGCAAAAGCCCUGAUAACAUCGGGGAAAUUCAUUUCAACCACUUUCUCUUCAAGACUGGUAUUCAGAGAUUCUGUGACCAUUCAAUCAUUUUGAAAAUGCAUAUGUUAGUAUUUUCCCGAGAUGUAAGUCCGUCUAUGUAUGCCUAUGUCGUGUUCGUUUACUUUGAGCUGCUUUUCUUCUUUUGUGAAGUGUACAACGAGCUUAACCACGACUGUGAGAUGCCGAGACUGGAGUCGAGUCAUUUCAGUUGUCAUGAGUGUCACUGCACACACUGUCCACCUUUGGCGCUCCAAUUCUGGAUUUUUAGG